AUGGAAAGAGAAAAGGAGGGAUUUCCUAUUACGUCUUUGCGUGAAAUCAAUACCCUUUUGAAAGCACAGCAUCCUAACAUUGUGACUGUUAGAGUAAGUGCCCUGUUAAAGCCAGCCUGAUUUGUGAUUUUUUCAGUUUCAAGUGUAAUUGUACUUCUGUUUUUUUGUCUAACAAUAACACUUUACUCCAGGAACUAUUCUUUUGCUGAUUAGUCCCCUAACAGCUGUCCUUUUUCUCAUCACACGAUGUUCCUCCCCAAAGGAAUGGCUGCUGACAAGCAAACUACUACCCUGCGAUCAGAGGCGACAUUUUCGCUGUGUGAGCUGGCGUGCGAAAAGUAGCCUCUGCUGACAACCGUUCAAUUUUCUAUCGUGCAUGCACGAGAUUUGUCACGCGAUUCGCAAGCAAAAUUAAUCGUCAGGUCUGUCGUCAAACGACGCGAGUUUCUUGGGAAUAAAAAAAAAUUGUGACAACUCGGAUCUGCUACGCAAGACUCAUGCAAGACUCGCGCAGUGCUCUAAACUGGUCAAGAACUGGAAAAAACCCAUUUUUUAAAUUUUUUUGUCCAGAUAUCUGGACGGAUUUGAAUGGUUGUCGGCAGAGGCUACUUUUCGCACACCAGUUCACACAGCGAAAAUGUAGCCUCUGCUCACAGGGUAGCAAACUACAUUCCUUUACUAUUGUUUCAUCAAUUUACUGAAGUGAACAAUCAUCUAUCAGCAAAUUGGGAGUGAUGCUUUUGACAAUUAAAAAAGAAAAUAAUUUCCGUGGCAUGACAAGUAACAGCUUCAUAGGAUACAACUGGACAGCAAUAUUAAGAUGGCACAAUUUAAAAUGCAGGCUGUGAUUGGAUGGCAUUUGAAACGAUAAUAAUGGAACAAAUAAUGGAAUAAUGGGACUGUGAUUGUGAAGAAUAAUGGAACUGUGAUUGGUUGAAACUUUGAAAGGUGUCUGCUCAAAUGUGACUAGCCGCAUCUUUGAGCAAGAAUUGUGUGACAAGACUUGGAACAGCUGUAUACAUGUAGGAGGCUACAUGACCGUGUUUGCUGAUAAACAUAUUGUAGAAAUUGCAGGCAUUGUUGUAUGUUUGCAGGGUACAUUUUCUGUUUCAUUACUUUUGUGAGGUGUGGCACAAGUUUCCAAAGUUUAAUGUGGUGGCAAAUAAUUAUACUGCUUCUGUAAUUUUAAAUAAAAUGAUAUUCUCAUCAUGUCUUGCUUCUGCAGGAAAUAGUGGUGGGCAGCAAUAUGGACAAAAUAUACAUUGUUAUGGACUAUGUUGAGCAUGACCUGAAGGUUCUUAUGGAACACAUGACACAAGGGUUUAGAAUUGGUGAGUGAGCAUUCCUAGAACAACAAUACUGAAACAGUCACAGGCACCCAUUUUCUUGGAGACCCUUGAUUAUCUGCGCAGCAUGUGAAAUAGUAUAUAUGUUAAGAGUCUGCCUUCUGGGUGGGUACAGUUAAUUGCAUACCACAAUUGUUUACUGUCCAUAAAAGAACAGUUGAAUCCUCUAGCAAUAAUUGUUUGCAUAGUGUUACAGAGACAUCCAUUAACUUUCUUAGUGUUUCAAAAGAAUUAUUAAAAUUAAUGUUAAAGAGCUUGACUACUGACAGGUUCCAAUGUUGAUCUCUCAUUUUAAUUUUUGUUUUUAUCUAGGUGAAGUCAAGACACUGAUGAUUCAACUUCUAAGAGCUGUUGUGCAUCUCCAUGACAACUGGAUUCUUCAUCGGGAUCUGAAAGCCUCUAACUUACUCCUCAGUAACAAGGGAAUUCUUAAGGUUCGUUUGAUUAAUGAAAUAAUAAGGGUUUAGAAAAGAACUCUACUUUGGUCGCAAGUUGUCCAUAAGACUUGACUCCUGGAGGAGUCAAGGCUGUGCCCCUAGAAACAUUGCUAAAGCUGUUAAGUGCACUUCCUUCAUAAGCAGUUCACUUCUUUAUUUUAAUUAUUGUUAUCAUUAUCAUUAUUAUUAUUAUUUUCGCUAGAGUUCAAUAAGCUUGAAACUUGACUUAGCAAAAACACUUAUUGUUUCUUUGGAAUUAAUUUGAUAACAGGUUGGUGAUUUUGGACUGGCAAGAGAGUAUGGCUCUCCUCUUAAGAGCUAUACACCUAUUGUUGUGACACUGUGGUACAGGGCACCUGAAUUACUGCUUGGCAUCAAGGUACAUUGUACUGUAUAAUUUAGUCAUAGACAACAUUACCUAUUUCUUUUGAAGAAGCCUCUAAAUUCUUCCAUAUUCCAAAUAUUCCAGGUCCAGAUCCAGACAAUAAUAUUGUCCUCUUUUUUAAUUAUUGAGGUAGAGGAGGCCAGCUAUUAUUAUUUAGCAAAAUCCAGGUAGUGUUCUGUUAUCAAUGCUGCAUUCUGAUUGGUUGAGCUACUACUAUGCUAUAUGUUAUAUACCCCAGCAGUAGCGAAAAGGGCCGGCUUUGAAAACCAAAACAAUGGCAGCUGAAUCACAUUUUGCUAGCUAAAGUUGUUUUGUCCUGAUUUUUUUUACCGACUAGUUGGAUUUGAAAACAAUUAAUCCUCUCGCCCUCAUGGCCUCUGGGUCAAUAGCCCUAUUGACUCAGAGCCCAUUCAGACUCGAGGAAUAGUAUAAUAAAAUAAUAAAAGAAUAUUUAUUGUUUACAGAACUCUGAGAGUAUGUCUGUCCAGAAAUAAAGGCUUUUGAAAAACCGAUCUUACUUAGAGGUUUUUACAUUUUUAACACAAUGUCAUAUAAAUGGAAGAGAGAUGUGGCCCUCUCAAACCCCCCCUCCCCUCCACCCCCGACAAAAAAAAUCCAUCCAUGCAUACUAUAGUUCCAAGUUGACACAAAAUGCUUUCUCUUUAGCUCCAACUUUAGAUCGUGAAACACAAUAUUAUUUCAACAAGUUAUAUUUACCACCAUUCUUCUUAGUCAAAGUAAAAUACAACUCCAGGUAGUGAAAAGUAAAAAGUUACACCCAAAUGGUCGAACUGAAUGAUAUUCAAGGUCCUAGCCAGAAGGGUGUCCAGCUGUCCUAUGGACGCCCAUUUUUGGAAGACAUGCAAGGAAAAUUCACUUAAUCUCUUAUGAUUUUAUGGGAAAACACGCCUUUUUGACGGCCAGUUUUCAAUGUCUGGCUAGAAGCCUGCUUGUAUUGGAACCCACUGAACACGAGAUUCCCCCAACAAUAUUACAAGUAUAUGGAGGACUUCAUGUAUGUGUACUCCACCCCUGAUAAUACAAAAGAGGUUGGACACCCUGUUCAUCUGCACAGUAAAUCAUCACGUUCUUCAGAACGCAUCCUAAUCUGGUGCUCCUGCGGCAGAAAGGCAGAAAUUUUCGAGCUAUCACGGGUGACUGCCGAUUAACCACCCCUAUAAAUUUUAUCAGGGGCUUCUUGGCCCUGGACUCCUUUCAACUCGAGUGACGAAUGCGGAUCCGUAAUUAAUGAUUACCUCUUAUAAUAUCAAUAUAUUGUAUGAUUAUUCACUGUUUAGUGAUAACAAAAUUCUUUGUUGUUAUAGGAAUACUCAACUCCCAUCGAUCUGUGGUCUGUUGGUUGUAUAUUUGCGGAGUUGUUGACGAUGAAGCCACUUUUCCCGGGCAAGUCGGAGAUAGAUCAGAUCAACAGAAUAUUUAAAGUAAGACUUUGUAUUAGCAUUGCAUAGAUUAAAAUUUGUUUAUUAUUUAUUCAAAAUGUUUCUCCGUUUCUGAUUGGCUCAAAUCACCCGGCUGAUUACUCGUAACCAGCUGUGUUUCGGGUAAAUCGUCUCUAUUAGAGUCAAGCCACUUAGCAAUAAAUUUACUAGCGUCAACGCAUAAUAAAAAAGAAAAGGCAUCACUUAAUGUUGACGUGCGUCGCUCAAAAACGCCUUUGCUUAACCUCCCUGUUAUCUUUUUUUUUUUCAGGAACUUGGAACUCCCAGUGACAAAAUUUGGCCUGGACCACCAUCUUACUCUGAACUUCCAGCUGUUAAAAAGGUUAAGAGAUUUCAUUGGUUUUCAUCCAGGGACUAAAACUUGUAUAGUUUGAGUCAGUGUUAGCUCAGUCGUAGAGCGUUUGACUGCAGAGCGGGGGGUCACGGGUUCGAUUCCCGGGGCCGGACCAAUACUCAGGGUCUUAAAAUAACUGAGAAAUGGAGGUACAUGUACUCCCGUUGCAGUGCAAGCGGCCAGAGCUUCGCGUGGCUCGGAUGACCACGUAAAAUGACGGUCUCGUCUUUAGUAGGACAAGUUAAAAUAUUUUCCCCAAUUAGUACUUUCCUGCUAAAUACAUUUAUACUCAAGUAAACUGAUUUUUUUUUAGUGUCACAGGAAAGAACUACUCGAAGUCUCUUUAUUUGAAUUGAUCGCACUUGAGGAUUUUAUCCACGUGAUCAUACUCUCCCCAGUCCAUCUCUACCUUCCAGUUCCAAGAUGGUGGUGGUACACAAGAAAUGCUGAAAAAUUGCUCAACACGUUGUUCAUUGAGUUGACUUGACAACUUUUACUCUUUCAGAUGACUUUCACAGAGUAUCCUUACAACAACUUAAGAAACAGGUUUGGCACGUAUUUAACAGACAAGGGCUUCAGUUUGUUAAACAAGUAAGUGUCUCUGUGUUAAUUACUUUUAGAAGUUACUGUACAUAUAUAUCAUUUGUAACUUUGCAAAUGACAGUCAGCGGGCUAUGUCUCGCAAGUCCCGAUAAUCAGUAGACCUGGAAAGCUGUAGCUGUAGCCUGCGAACCGCAGACGUAUUUCCGGUCGUCGCUUCUCUUCCUCCGAAAGCGGGUGAAAGUAGAGCCGAAAAAACCGGAUGCUCUCGCAGGCUAGGAAAGCUGUCAAAAUUAACUGGUUUGUUCAGUAGGACCAACGCUUGGAUUUGAGUAUAUGAUUUCGGGGCCCGAAAAUUAGCGGGACUUUCAAGAAACGGGUCCCUUGGACCAGGCUCCUUCAUGGGAAAAAAUGACAAAUGAUAGAAAGCAAUAGGCGAACCGAGCGGGAAAAGAGGCGAGCCUGACCCCGGGCUGGUCAGGCUGUGUAGAGAUGAAAUACAUGUAAUUUGCAGUGAGUGUAGUUUUCUCUUUUGUAUUUUUAGGUUUCUGACGUAUGAUCCCAAGAAAAGGAUAACGGCUGAUAAAGCUCUUGAACAUGAAUAUUUUAAUGUAAGUGCUUUUUGUUGAUUUCUUUGUAUUGCCACUUCUUGACUAGCAAGGUUGAAGUUUUUAUUUAGUUUCGGGAAGCACUCUUGCUAGGUACUAAACCUGCGGCAUUUAAUUCACUUGCGAUAUUAUUAAAUUCAUGAAUCGCGUCCAACAAUCAUACAACAAAAAGUCACAAAAACACAAAUAGGUAAAAGCUGAACGCUGCAUGUGGGAAUAAUCAUUUUGCGUUUCACGUUGCGUUCCACAGAGAUCGGUGGUGGGGCCAACUUCAAAGCGAGGCAUGAAUAGACACCAGUUUCCUACCGAGAGAAAGGCCAUAAAACAAAAAUAAUAAUAACAAUAAUAAUAAAGGGCGGGAGAGGUAGCUAAGAUGGCGUUGAAAACGUGGCAAACUUUGAUAAGGGACACUAUUAGCACUGCCCAACUUUGGACGCAAUUAUUAUACUGGGGACCAUAGUGUACUAAUGUGCUCCAUUUGCAUUUUACCCCUCCCUCCUUAGGAGUCUCCACUACCAGUGGACCCCUCCAUGUUCCCCACGUGGCCUGCCAAGAGUGAGAUGAUGAAAAGGCCCAAAAAGAAGGAUGUGGAACACAGUCCCCAAGCCCCGGAGGGUGGGGCUAUGUUUGCAAAGCUGGUGAGUGAUAAACGCGAGCCCGCAACCGUUGAUGGUCUUUUCAUUAUCAUGUAAUCUUGCGUUGGUUGUUUGAACGCGACCAGGAGCCGACGUACUACUAUUACUAUACUAUUUACUAUGACCAUUGAAGGCAACAAUGUUAGAAUAGUGUUUAACAGUUCGAAACAUCGCUGCAACACUGUUGCAACGCUUUCUGUUGCCCUAAAAAUAGUCCUUGCGAAUCUACCCGUGUGACAAAGCCUGAAAAAGCAGGGAAUGUAAAUUCAAGAUUUUUCUCGUGUUACCAAAGAAAUAUUUUAAGCGUUUGGUGCUUAGAAACACUGUUGUGGUCGCCGUGUUGCCAAGUUUUCUUAAGAGAUACCCUGGAAAUGAGAUCCGCCCUUGAGACAUUUCGCUUACAAAUAAUUUGGUCUCCGGCCGUAAAUAGUAAGAAUGUCCUUUGGGAACAGUUGAGUAAACAUUCUUAUUUCUAGGCCAAACGGUAAAAUCAAGCGGACAUUGUCCUUUUAACCCCUGCUUGGACCAUAACAAAAGUUUGAAAAAGAAGAAAGAAGAAGAAGAAGCGCUUACUGCAUAACCCAAAUAGUUUACAGCAGGGUGGCCGAGCGGUUAGAGCGCUGGACUCGCAAUUCAGAGGCUCCGACUUCAAGUCCCGCCCUGACCGCAAGCUGGAUUUGUUCACGGUAGUCCCAAGCUCAAAUCCUCGACCACGCUUGUAAAUAGCCAGCUGGUUUGCCCCCGGCCAGUUGGGAUUCUUAACCCUGUUAUGUCUAGCAUGAGUGCUGUAAAUACUCCCAAAGGUAAAUAAUUAUAAAUUUAAUUUAAUUACAUUUUACAUCCUGUAUUUCUAUUUACAGGCGGAUGAAGGGGACAGUGGAACUGACAGUCAAGGAUUCAGGCUUCAAACAUCCAAGAAAGGUUCUGCUGCAGUCGCCGGAUUCACUUUGAAGUUUUAA